CGUGGCGCUGGGGCGGCUCCUUGUGCGCUGCGGACCGAUCGCCUCCCGCUGCCCGGGCCCGGCCGCCGCCGCCGCAGAUAUAUUGUAAAAUGUCCAAUGGUUAUGAAGAUCACAUGGCUGAAGACUGCAGGGAUGAUAUUGGUAGGACAAAUUUAAUUGUGAACUACCUCCCUCAGAAUAUGACGCAGGAUGAAUUACGGAGUCUGUUCAGCAGCAUCGGCGAAGUGGAAUCUGCAAAACUUAUUCGAGACAAAGUUGCAGGACACAGCUUAGGCUAUGGCUUCGUGAACUACGUAACUGCAAAAGAUGCUGAAAGAGCAAUAAACACACUGAAUGGCCUCAGACUUCAGUCAAAAACUAUCAAGGUUUCCUAUGCCCGCCCAAGUUCUGAAGUUAUCAAGGAUGCUAAUUUAUAUAUCAGUGGCCUCCCCCGGUCAAUGACACAGAAGGAUGUAGAAGAUAUGUUUUCCCGUUUUGGGCGCAUCAUCAACUCACGUGUGCUUGUGGAUCAAACCACAGGUUUGUCCAGAGGGGUCGCAUUUAUCCGGUUUGACAAAAGGUCAGAAGCAGAAGAGGCAAUUACAAAUUUCAAUGGUCACAAACCCCCAGGUUCCUCCGAGCCCAUUACAGUGAAGUUUGCAGCCAACCCUAACCAGAACAAAAAUGUGGCACUGUUGUCGCAGCUGUGUCAUUCACCAGCUAGACGGUUUGGAGGGCCAGUGCAUCACCAGGCGCAGAGAUUCAGGUCAGCAGAGAAUCAGGAUCUGCCACCGCCCUGCUCUUGGCAGAGAGCAGCUCGUGUACCGCUUUUAAGGGGUUUGCAAAUCACCAGUGGUACACCUCAAUUUGGGAACCCCUGGUUCUCUCCUAUGGGUGUAGAUCACAUGAGUGGGCUUUCUGGUGUAAAUGUUCCAGGAAACGCAUCUUCUGGCUGGUGUAUCUUCAUCUACAACCUUGGUCAAGAUGCUGAUGAGGGAAUCCUCUGGCAGAUGUUUGGCCCCUUUGGUGCGGUUACCAAUGUGAAAGUUAUUCGAGAUUUCAACACCAACAAGUGCAAAGGUUUUGGUUUUGUGACCAUGACAAACUAUGAAGAAGCUGCAAUGGCCAUAGCAAGUCUUAAUGGCUACCGCCUGGGGGACAAAAUCUUACAGGUUUCCUUCAAAACCAACAAGUCCCACAAAUAACUUGCUCGUGCUUUUUGUAUGGAAUAGAUAAUGGAGUGACAGAAGUUGAAACAUUUUUGUUAGUGUAAAACUCAUUUUGCGCCAAUUUUCACAAGUGUUUGUCUUAGUCUAAAUGAGAAGUGAAAAGGUUUUAUAUUCUGGGAUGCAACUGACAUGUUCAAAUGUUUGAAAUCCCACAAUGUUAGACCAAUUUUAAGUUCCUUUAAGUUAUUUCAUUUAAAACAUGUUAAAAAUCCCCUGAAAUCUUAAGUAGAUUGCAUUAACUAGACCCUCUGGAUGGUGGUAAAAUUGAAGCAUGCUUUCACUUAUGAGACUAACAUUUGUUUCAUUGAAUGUUGUCUGCAAAAACUGGAAUUUUUUGAAAAAUAUCAGGCUGAAUUCAUUGAUUUUCUUUGGUUUUAUGUUGUUCUUCCUACCCAUCCCCCUGUCCUUUUGUUCCCCCCCAGUUUCAGUAGUAUGGAAGAAAAGUUGAGAAAUACUAAUGUUUUAGUUGACAGUGACUUGUUUGAUCAAUUAAUAUUCAUUACUCUCUGUCUAGUUGAGGAUCAAGCUUUUUAAAGUCAAGGUCUUGUAAGUAGUAGCAUGCCAGCCUAACUUUAACACCAUUGAGGAGGUAAGUUGCACACUGAGCAGUGGCCAAGCUGUCCAAUUCACAGGUUUUAGAAAUGUGACCUUUAAAGCCCACUUUGAGAGGAAUGGACCAAAGAGUUUCAAAGAAACUCCGGGAAGAUUUCAGAGUCAAAAUGAAACUCAAAAAAAGCGAGUGUGAAUAUAUGUUGCUACUUUAUCAGACUGAAUCUCUUCUGUCCAAAUAUUUAAUGCAUGGUGCACUACUUACUGGUACAUUAUAAUGCAGCAAGAUACUUACUCAUUUUCCAAGAUCAUUGUAGUUGGAAUUCCUUUGGCAGUUCUAUUUUGUAAAGAAAAAACAGUUAUAAACAUUUGAGCAUUGUAUUUCUCGCAUCCCUUCUAAUGAGUGCUAGUUUUUCUAUUUUAAUAGGAUUUUGUUUUGACAACUAGCUUUACUUAUUGAACACUCAGCAGAAAAGUACUUACAACUUGCAAGUUAGAUAUUAACCAAAAAACCCCUUUGAUUUGUAGAUUUAAAGAUUAAUCCCCCAGGUUUUCUGCAGACUGCCUUGAAACUCUGAGUUGUUCUGUUUCUGUUAAUUUUCUUUUGCUUUUUUGUGUUUUUUGUUUGUUUUUACUUUUGCAUUUAAGAACAUUAAAUUUGAUUUUGUUUUGCUCAAAUUUUGUUUUGUUUUUUAUUUUCUGUUGUUUUUUUUGCUAAGUAUUGCACAAAGUGUCCAGCUUUCAGAGUGUUGUUUUAAGGAACUGUAGCUCUUCUUUAAGAGAAUUUUAAUUUACUGCUUUGACAGAUGAGUAAAAGAAAAAGAGUUUUUGGAACAAGCUCCACAAUAAAUCCAUCACAUAGAAAUGAUGUGUCACAGACUGAUGUAACCCUCAGGUGUGCUUGGGUAGGAAACUGGGAUGGUUGACCCUGCCUGUACAGGUGUGUGAGCUGCUGUGCACAACUAGAGACUUGGCUCUGGUGUAUAUGUAGGUAGACCAGGUACAGAAACGAGGUCUGUGGCAGUUUAAUGCAGUGUGUCUUUGUUUUGCCUGAAUCUCUACAAGCCCCAGAGUUCAUUUCCAAACUCCAGAGGCCAGUCCAUGCUGCCUGCUCAUCUCCCUCUAUCCCCAGUUGACCCUGCCUUGUGCUUGCCACCGUUUGUCCUCUCCUUGUCAUCCCCUUGCCAUGGGAUCUGCACAGCCCAAUGGCUCCCUCACCCUCCACAUGCAGCUGAGCUGCUGCCCAGCUCCAGGGAAGAUCUGUCGGGGGACCUGAUCUGAUGUUCCUUGACCUGCCCAGGGCAUAUCUAAACUCUACACAUAGGCCUUGGCCCAGUGAGCAGCCUCCCACUGAGUUUGAGCUUAUGUGCAGUGAAUGCAGGUGGGAUUUUUCCUGUUUAAACGUCCGACCUUGCCUCUCCUGCCAGGCCCUCCCCAUCUCUUGAGAAACUCGGUGCUUGGUGAAACAGUGACUGUGACACAGCAGCCAGCCCACUUCCACCCCUCAAAGCUGUUCUUGGCUGUCACAGUUUUCCUUCCACCAAUUCGUCACCAUCCAUUUAUCAAGUCGAUGAUUAUUUCUUUUCUGCAUACAAGGAGAGCUUGGGAAGCAUUCUGGGGGUUCUCCCAAGUUAAAGCUGUGUAGUACAGAGAAUUUCUCUUACCCAUCACUGUUGAACCCUGCACUGUCCUGUUCCACAGGAGUGGGCUGUAGUCAUUCCCAGUUCCGGUCAUUCUCUCUUGCUUUAUUCCAUUUAAGAUAAAUUUGCUUCUAAACUAAAUGGGAAUUUCUGUUUGUCACAAUAUUUAUCCGCGGGUUCAGACCUCCAGUGAGUGACCCCUAAACACCACUCUGUAUCAGUACUGGUUCCAAGCACACUGGCCAUGGCAGCUGCACAUUGCUCUGCUGCCACUUCUGAAUAAAACCCCUUCUCUUGGAUGCUUUCUGGCAUCACUCUUCCUUGCUUUUUCCACUGCUUCCCUAUUUCUCUAAUUCUUUGCUAAAUAAGAAGGAAAUGCAGGAUAUGGUUUUGUACCGCUACAACAGUCUCUUUUAGCAAAGGUCUGAUUCUAUCUUUCUUUGAUAGUUGCUCUGAUAAUAAUUUUCAGGCAGUUGGUAUGAGCAAAGCACUGCUGCUCAAGUCAGGAAAAGAGGAAAAACUCCUGCUAAGAGCCAGAGCUGAUACCAGAAGUAGUGUAUGAUCUGUGCUAUUCUAACAGUCAAUAAAACCUUGGUGUAAAUAGCUGAAGUCCAGAAAAAAUUGUGUAUGUAUUUUUGAUGCUUUUGAUCCUAAACAGCAGCUUGUGCAUCCUCCUAGUAAAGACCAAAAGGCAGCUUCUGGGGGUGGAAACUAAAUUCUAACAAGACAUUUGCCAGGAGUUUUUCUGCCCAUAAGGUAGGAGCAACUCGUUUCCUCCUCACACCCUGCUUUGAAGCUCUCACUUGAACAGACCCGUUUCAAGAGAGGUUUUGGCCUCUAAUUCUCAAAGAUUGCUCUGCUGUUUCAUCCAUCAGUUUGAUGGAGUUCAGGUGUUUCUGCCAGGUGAUGCUUCUGUCAGUCAGUGCUUACAGGAUCUCUGUGGAACCAAAGGGCUUUCUCAAAGCAGAGGUCUCAUUGUUCAUGAGAUACAGUGGUCUCACUGAGGUAGAGAGUUCUGGAAAGUCUUCAUUGCUGGAUUAGGGUGUGAUGAUCAGAUUUUGGAGACCUGGAUUUUUUGGUCUGUACUGGAGAUGUGCUACAGGAACAGCUGAGAAGGGAGUGUUUUGGGGUCAUUUAGACUAGGUUAAGAGUCUCUUGGGAAUCCCCAGGUGUAACUUCUGAAGGAGCAGGUGUAAUUGCUGCUGAAAACACAGUUAUCCAUGCCACUGUCACAGGGUUUCAUGUAUAGGUGCUGAGGGGAGUUAUUACAUUUGCUUCUCAGAUGUCCACAUGAAUGGACAUGCAGAAGAACACUGGCCAUAAGCCUCAUCAUCUGUAAACCUCCUGUUAACCAUUAGCAGAUAGGGAAAUCCCACAUAAGUAUGGAAGAGGAAUCUCAGAUGUUGCUGUAUGUGCUUGGAAUGAGCUGGCAAAGGCACAUGCAGAUCCUUCAGGUGAGGGGAUGGCAACACCAGAAAUCCAGACAUGAGCAAAAUCAGAGCAGUGUCUUCAGGUCUCAGUCAUUCCCUGUAAGAUGGUAUCUGUGCACUGAAGUGUUGGAUUUGUUUUAUUUUUAUUUUUCAAGCUGCUUUAUCAUAAAAUUUGGUUUACUUGGGCUGCUCCACUCUCCUGUCAGAGACUGGCCAGUGCAGUUACUGUUGCCUCCUGAGCCCUCCUGUGCCAAUCCCUGCAUCUCUUCUGGCUCUGGGACUGGGAAAGGCUUGAGGAUCCCGCUCUUAGGGUGAGGGGAGAAGUCACCAUUGCCACAGUGGUGUGUGUGGCCACACAGCUUUUCCUUCCCUUUGCUUGGAUAUGUUUUUUGUACAUCUGGAUCAUGUGAGCAUGAAAACCACUGAAAAUCCAGACACGAGUCACUGGAGCAGGAUAAAUUGUCACUGCAGUGAACACUGGUUGGUCAAUGUGUGGUCAUUUGCCCUUGUCCAGAUGACCAAAGGGUGUUUGCAUGGAGAGGACACCUAUUUUUGUAGGGGGAUUGAAUGUUGUAGUAAUGUUAUUUAUACAAAGCAGUUAAAAAUCUUUUUUAAAAAGGUUUUAAAAAAGUCCUGGUAUCAUUUAUAGAAAGAAUAUCCAGCAGUCAAAAGAAAAUGAUGAACUAACUGUAAAGGUGAUCCAUUAUUUUAAGGCUGAGUUUGGAAAAUGAAUAGUUAUUAAGGUCCUUCAACAUUUGUUACAAUUCUUUUGUUGCUUUAAUGUUCUGGGUAAGGUCAAUAAAGUAGAAAUUCUUCAAAUAUUUCAGGAGAGAUUUUUUUUUUUUCAGUGCAUUUUAAA